GAAAACUUCUCGCCGGCGUUUCUCUCCUCCGGCAACCCUUUCCCGGGUUUCUUCUUCCCGAUGCGCUCUCCAAUGGCUUUCGUUUUCCUACGGCCCGUUGACCAGGAGGAAGCUCGUCUUCAACCUCCGGGGAGUUCGGGGGAUCAUCGGCAAGGUGAAGGUUCUACACGGCGGGGUUUUGAAUCUACGGGAGCUCGUCAAUUUUGGUCUACUUUGACAUGUGAGGCUACUCGGAGGAUGCAGAGCUUCAGUGAGCAACAAUGGUGGAUGAUCUCUCGAAGAAGGGGAAGCUGAGGAACUGUACGGACGUUUGUGAUGCCUCAGGGACAGGAAUCAUGUCUGGGACACCAAUGGAGGUUUAUGUUGCUGUCAGUGCGAAGAUCCGUGGAAAGGGAACGUCAUUACCUUCAGCUAGGAUAUGGAGCUCCAUCUUAUCGAAGUCGAUCAAAUCUUUUCCUCCUGGUGGGCUAGUUUCCUUGCUGAAGCAGAAAAGAGAAGCUUAUUGAUGGAUGCAGGUGUUUUGAAUUCAGUGAUCAACAGGUUGCUUGCAGCGAGGGAGAAACCAGGCAAGAUUGUUCAGCUGUCUGAAAUCGAAAUCAGACAGCUGUGCUUUGUCUCCAGGGACAUCUUCUUGAGACAGCCAAAUCUCUUGGAGCUUGAAGCUCCUGUCAAAAUCUGCGGGGAUAUUCAUGGUCAGUAUUCAGAUCUUCUAAGGCUCUUUGAAUAUGGAGGAUACCCUCCUCGCUCGAACUAUCUGUUCCUCGGAGAUUACGUCGAUCGUGGCAAACAGAGCAUCGAAACUAUCUGUCUUCUUCUCGCGUAUAAGAUCAAAUACCCAGAAAACUUCUUCCUUCUCAGAGGAAACCAUGAAUGUGCUUCCAUUAACCGCAUCUAUGGCUUCUAUGACGAGUGCAAACGACGUCUCAGCGUCAAAAUCUGGAGAAUUUUCGCCGAUUGCUUCAACUGUUUCCCCGUGGCGGCUCUCAUAGACAAUCGAAUUCUCUGUAUGCAUGGAGGGCUUUCUCCCGAUCUCUGUAGCUUGAGACAGAUAAGGGACAUCAGACGACCUACUGAUGUUCCGGACCAAGGUUUGCUCUGUGAUCUUUUGUGGUCCGAUCCUGACAAGGAGAUCAAGAGUUGGGGAGCCAAUGAUCGCGGAGUUUCGUACACUUUUGGCGCCGAUAUCGUUUCCGGGUUUCUGAAAAGGCUCGAGCUUGAUCUCAUUUGCCGGGCUCACCAGGUAGUGGAAGACGGGUUCGAGUUCUUUGCCGAAAAGCAACUGGUGACGAUAUUCUCGGCACCGAACUACUGCGGGGAAUUCAACAAUGCAGGGGCCAUGAUGAACGUGGAUGAAGACCUCACGUGCUCUUUCCAGAUUCUGAGACCUACCGAAAAGAAAUCCAUAUUUAGUUUCGGAAGCAGAAGUUCUGCAAAAACCAGCUUUCCUAACCCCACAGUGAAGGACUGAAGGUUUUUUUCGGUCGAAUGACCUGAUUUCAGUCUUGCGUGAGUAAGAAACCCGUUUCGGGUACCUGCUAUGUAUCUGACCGACGAAGGCAAUUGUUGCGAGGCAUUAUAUCAAAAAUACCCUUAAAAUGCUACUUCUACUUCAACACCU